AUGGUUGUUUUGCAAGGCAGGUGUUUUGCAUGGCUUCUUGCAUGGGUUGGCCGUGGCGUGUUCCUGUGGUUCGCUGGCCGAGUCUCUUCGUGUCCACGGCUUCCUGCGGCCCAGCCCGCCGCGAGGACUGGGAAACUCGCCCGGCGUUGGCCGCACGUUUUGGCUGGCUGGUUUCUGAAGUCCGCCCUGCUUGCAGGUUCCGUGAAGGCGGAGGACCUGGAGGCGCCUGGAGGACGCGACUGCGGAGCGGACGAGGACGCCGGCCCUGGGGACCAAGGCGCCGUGGAGGGCGAGGACCUGGAGGCCCCCGAGUCUGGAGGGCGGCACUGCGGAGCGGACGGCGACUCUGGAGGCGAAGGCCCCGUCCCGGCGGAGACCCCGCAGCUGGUCAUCAGCGGCACCUUCUCGCUGGCUGGCCCGGCCGGCGGUGCGGGGCAGGUGGAGCAGGCCUCGCGGCGGCAGCGAGGCGGGAAGGCGCGGCUCGCGUACAAGUGCGGGGAGUGCGGCAAGAGUUUCCGGGCCGAGGCGGACCUGCGGAAGCACCUGGCGGGGCACUCCAAGGCGGGGCGGCACGCGUGCGGAGUGUGCGGCAAGCAGUGGACUUCGGCUGCGGAUCUGAAGAAGCACGCAAGGAUCCACACCGGGGAGAGGCCGUACGAGUGUCACGAGUGUGGGAAGAAGUUCAUUCUUAGCCAACAUCUCACUGUGCACAAGAGGACUCAUACUGGAGAGAAGCCGUACGAGUGCGACGUGUGCUUAAAGAAGUUCAACCAGCUCGUUAAUCUGACUGUGCACAGCAGAAUUCAUGCCGGUGCAAAGCCAUACGAGUGCAAGGUGUGCGCGAAGAAGUUCUCUGAUCCCUCAAAUCUUCGCCGCCACGAGGGCAUUCAUGCUAGACAGUAACCAAGGGAUAAACUGUGCUAGUGUGUCGUUUCUUGACGAAUGUGAGGGCUUUGGAGUGUGACGUUUGAAGAAAGCUCCCUGUGCUAUUUCAGUCCGUGGUCGUGAAAGCGACGAGUUCAUAAUUUUAGUUGAAUUACAACGUUAGACAGUAUAUGUGUGAUUGGUGAAAGAAGCCAUGUUUUUAAAGUUUUGCCAUAGCCAAGUUCGGUGUGCAAAACAAAUCUCAACGUGUUUUCGAGUGCAAGAAAGCACCGUCGUGCAGUACUUUGGAACCUGUUUUAACCGUUUUCACGAAGUUAAAUUUUAGUUGCUUAUUUUUAUCGUCAUUAGCUCCUAGUCUCCUGUUUGUGAAUUCUGUCUUAUAUUUGUGUGCUCUAUGCAAUUCAAGUUCAUCAAGUGUAAGUGCUUUAUUUCUUGACGAGUUUUAAGGUCUUGGAGUGUGAUUUGGGCAAAAACAAGUUCCUUCUGAUAUUUUAUUCCAUGCUUGUAACAACUUAAAGCUCAUAAUUUGGGUUGUACUCCUGCAAAGUCGGAUGUUUUGAUAGU